AUGAUGAUAGUUUAAAUGAAUAUUCACAUGAAGUAUUGGAAUAUUAAUAAGAAAUGUAAGAUAAAGAGAUUACAAUAAAAAAUCUUGAAAAAAUGUUUUAGAGAAGAAAUAAUACAGGAUUUAGUUAAAUAAGGAAGAUUUCUAAGAGUCCACAUCUAGUGUAAAUUUAGAUUAUAGUAAAAUGAAAUGUUUAGAUUAAUUUUAAAAAAGAUAAAGAAUCUAUAAAAGCAGGGAAUACUUUCAAUAUCAAAUUAUGAUCUUAUGUUGUUAGUGCAUUUAACAAAAUAAUGA